AUGUCAGUAAAUAUGGUUUUUGAUGCCGAAACUCUGGCAGACGGGUGUCUGGACGCACUGACAUCGGAAGCUGUGUACUAUGAAGGAACCAGUAUCAAGCCGACCGAAAUCAGACCUGCUAAACCAUAUCCUUUUAAAGAAGGUGUGACAUUAACAGUGCGUCAAGCUUUUGAAAGUGACCGAAAAAUAAAAGGAGCCAGAGCCCGCAGUCGAUAUUAUCUGUUCAAUGGAGAACCUACAAGAGCAGAGGACGAACUGCGGUUUGGUCUGGACGAUUAUUUCGAGCAAGCUGGUAAAGGACCAAACAGUAGCAGUAACCGAGGCUAUAGAGAUGACAGAAGGUCUCGAUACCGAGACCGAGACGGACGACGGGGCCGAGACAGAGAUCAAGAUGACGAUGGCGACCUGUUCCCAUUGAAAGCCGGCGAGUUCCGAGAAAGUAUCCGAGGAAGCGAUCUCCGAGGUCGAGAUUCUGGUAGUGAUCGCGACAGAAACUACGACCGUCGACCCGCCAAACGAGGAAAAUCGUAUCGAUAUCUCGAUCGCAACCGAUCCCGAUCACCUGGCCGCGACAGCGCUGACGAACCCACCCCAUCAAACGACUCACGAAGCCGCAACCUGAGCGACCGACUGGAUACACCGUGGGUCAAAGGCGACCUCCUUGAGAAAAUUGACAACGGCCGCGACGAACUGGCGGACCGGCUCGACCUCCCCAGAACAAAGGACCGCCGAAACCGGCGAAAAGCCGCUGACCUCUUCUGA